AUGUCUGAGAAAUCCGAUUGCAUUUCCGAAAGUGAAACAUCUGAAAUUAAUUUUGAUUGUGAAGAUGACUCAAGUACAUCAAGUUCAGCUAAAUCGGAACAUCCCACUGUGCUGGAGAAUCGGGGAACCGAGAUGCGGACUGUAAAAGUCUUGCCAGCAUCUAGUGACUCUGUAGCUACGGAAACUGAUGCUGAGACUCGGAUGUGGAAAACCUUCACGGAUGCAGAAUUUGCUGAGACCCAGGACAUUCAGGUGCCAGAUCUUUCACUUUAUUCGUACUGUCCAUAUAAGCCAAAACGUAAAAUUAAGAUCCCAAAUAAUCCGCCAAAGGAGAAACUUCGUGAAGUAGUCAAGGAUAUGAUAAAAGAGAACCGCGGAGCAACUUCUUGCGUUCUGAUCGGCGAAGACUUCACCAUUCAAUGUCAUCCCGGUCUCUUGCGGUGCCAUUCGAGGUACUUUGCCAACCGGGAUUGGCGUGUUCGCGAGUUUAAAUUCAACGCAGAGGAAGUGCCUGCAAAAGGUUUCGAGUUGGCCUACAAAUGGAUGCGUUUUCGUGAGCUACCACCUAUUGGAGACGUGGCCCCUAUGCUGCAGGUGGCCAAACAAUUAAAAAUUGAUUUGCUGGAACGCGAUUGCUGGAAACUGCUGUCGCAAAAGAAUGUGAGGGAGAAGGUUGCCAUGGAAGUGUACAUGCAGGCAAGAAAAUUACCUCUGCUGAAUGAUUUGAAAGCGGUGAUGUUGUCCCGUCUAAGAACGUAUUUCCUGGCCCUGGUUGGCCAUAACAGUUUCCUCGAUCUCACAGUGGAUGAGUUGGUGGAAUUAAUUUCCCUCGACUCGAUUGGUGUUAACUCGGAAAUUGAGGUAUUCCUGGCUGUCUUGCGUUGGCUCAAUCACAUGCCAGAGCAACGUCAAAAGCAUUUGCGACGAACCAUGGCCGCCGUUCGUUUUCCCUAUAUGCCCAUGUUCUUUCUAUUUCGCCUGAAGGAAGGUUGCAAUGCUGCAAAUAAGGUGGAACUCUUUUCGGCAAAUCCCAUGCUGUUGGCCUUUCACAUGGAUCCCCAGACCCUACAAGUUCUCGAGAAUGCCAUGACCUUUAUUGGUGUUCGCCAGGAACAUAAUGAGCAUGGAGAGUUUGUCGAAGUUUGUGCUGAGCACAAAUUAAAAGUCCAAUAUCCACGUAGAUGGAUCUAUCAUGUAGGAUGCCCCUAUCAUAUCUACGAUUUGUCCUAUCCCUAUCAGCACAAGUUUAGUUUAUUGGACUUUAAUGAAUUCAUCAGCUCCUUACAACGCAAAUGGAUGCGCGUUGGUGCAGUCAAUUAUUUCGAAGAAAGGGUCAUUGAUAUACCCCCAUAA